UUAAACUGGUCGAACCGACUUGUACCCUGGGAAAAAACUUAUUUGUGAGUUCUGUUCAUACUUCAUACCUAACCUAAUUAUAAAAAAAUUCUUUACUUUGAACAAACACUUUGGGAGCAACUCAGCAAGAUGCAGGCCAGUGACAGGUUUAACAUCAAUUCCCAACUUGAGCAUCUUCAAGCCAAGUAUGUUGGAACUGGGCAUGCCGAUAUGAACAGAUUUGAAUGGGCAGUGAACAUUCAGCGUGAUAGCUAUGCUUCAUAUAUGGGUCACUACCCCUUAUUGUCAUACUUUGCUAUUGCGGAAAAUGAAUCUAUUGGAAGAGAACGCUACACCUUCAUGCAGAAAAUGCUCCUGCCUUGUGGUUUGCCUCCGGAAAGAGAGGAGGAUUAGAGGUUCCAUCUGGAUUACAAAUGGAUCAUUACUGUGUUAGUAGCCAUUGACCAUUUGUUGUACUGUGUUAUCUGAUUCAGGAAACAGAUUGUUGUGUGCUGCCUUGAUAGGAGCUUGUUCCAUUUCACUUUUUUUUUCCUUCUAGAUGCUUAUGUUUCAGUUGCUAUGGAGCUUUAAAAAUUUGGUCA